GGGCACGGCGGGGGAGCGCGGAGUGGCCGCAGCCGCUCAGGGGGAUGUGGCACCGCUCCCUGCAGCGGGCUGUCCCCAGACGGGAGCAGGCCUGUGGCGGAGCUCGUGAAGCGAUGAUGUUAGGCCCGUGAGGCCCAUGGCGCGCAGCUCGAUGCCCGUAGGAAAGGCAGUGCCUCACCGCUUUACUCAGAACGGCCCGAGAGGCCUUUUCGGUUGCAUUGUCUAUUUUUUACAUAAAAAGCGGGAGUUGGCCGCUAGGUUUAAGUAGGAGUUGUGUUACCUUGCCCGAGUAUGGGAAAAUAGCAAGAAAAGCAUCAUUUUGGCCAUGUGCAAGACUCAUGAAAUUCUAAAUCCAUAUUGAAACAAUUAAAUGUCAUAAUUUUUAAGAUUUCCCUAGAACCCCCUUCCCUAGAAGUGCUUCCUACCCCCACUGGCUGAACACUUUUAAAAAUUUAGCAUUCCUUAAUUCUCUGGCCAACAUUUAAUUUUCUGCACUGGAAGACAAGAAAGAAACAGCAGUAUCUUCAUAUAUUGCAUAAUUUCUCUUAGGACAACGAUUGAAAGAAGACUAAGAGAUUGGUAAGCCAUGCCUGUUUCAGCUGAUGAAACUGUGGGGAACCUGGCUGUGAGAGACACAGUCCUUACUCCAGCUGGAAUUGAAGGAUUAAAAGAAUCAUCAUCUACACAGAAUGUAAAAGCUCAACAAGUCAUAUCAAGAAUCAGUCGAGAGGAGCUGGAAGACAGAUUUCUUCGUCUACGUGAUGACCACAUCCUACUCAAACAGUAUGCCAAUAAGCAGGAGGAGAAAAUUAAAAGAAUGACCACCAAGUUAAUACGGCUUGUUAAUGAUAAAAGAAAAUGUGACCAGGCUGGCUGUGGACCCAAGCGGCUGGGUCACGCUCUGGAGCUGGAAGAAAUGAUUGAGCAUUUGCGAGAAAAAGUUUGUGAGCUUGAGAAACAAAAUGAGAGCCUCCGCAACAAACUCAUUUCAACUAAACAGCAGCUCCAGAUUCAAGGCCAUAGGCCUUGUCUGUAUAGCUCCGUUCAAUCUCGUGUGAACACUGGUCUCAAAAAAGAGAGUGAGACUGCUGGCAUGCCAGAGCACACCAAGAAGGGAAUGAGAUUUCAAAGUUUAGAAGUGAGAUCAUCUCACCUUGUGCUCCCCAAAUACGGACAGAGUCUGCUCGAGGAUUCAAGGGCUGAAAUCAGAAAUUUGGAGACUGUCAUUGAGUCCCAAAAGAACCAAAUUGAGGAACUAGACCGUGCCAGAGAAAUUCUUGGGAGUCAGCUAAGAAGGAAAGAAAAGGAAAUUGAAGAAUCCACCCUACGGCUGAAAGAGCAGGGUACAGCAAGCCAAAGGCUAAACAUUCAGGACAAUGUGGAAAUGAUCAAGGUCCGUAAACAGCUGGCUGAGAAAAGCAAUGCUCUUUCAGCAAUGGAAGGAAAAUUUCUCCAGCUUGAAGAGAACCUAAAGAACUUGAAGACCAGCCAUGAUGCUUUAUUAGCAAAAGGUGAUGAACUGAAUGUUCAGCUUAAAGAAGAGCGGCUAAAGUGCUUUCAUCUUCAAAAAGAAUUGCAGACAGUAACUAUUUCAAACAGAAGGACAGAAGAGUUACAGGAAAGAAUAAAUGAUCUAGAAAAAGAGAAUGAACUCUUGAAGGAAAACUAUGAUAAGCUGCAUAACAGUGUCUUCAGUCUGCCCUAUGAACAGCAAUGGAAAUCAAAGGAGCAGCAACUGAAACUGCAAAUUGCUAAACUACAGGCAGCUAUCAAAAAUGAUCUAGCAGACAAAAAUGAAAUCCUUGACAAGAUCAAAGUAGAAAGAGACCAAAACGAAAAGCUGAUGCAAGACAACAAAGACCUGCAAUUACGCUACCUGGAACAAAAACAACAAGUAGAUGAUCUGAAAAAUCAAGUGAAGUUUUUAACCAAGGAAAGUGAUGUUGGUGUGGCAGAAUUCAAUGAAGCCCUCUUACUUAUAAAGGAUCAAAAGCAACAAAAGAAUGUGGACCUUCUGUUCUUCAAAAAAGUGGAAGAUGAUAUCCAUAAAGAUUUAGAAUACUCCAUGCAGGAACUGCAAUUAAGACAUGCAGAAACUGUGCAAGAACUUGAAAAGACAAGGAAUUUGUUACUUGUGCAGCACAAAAUUAGCAAAGAUUACCAGACUGAAGUAGAAACAAUGACAAGAAAGAUGGAAAGUCUACAGAAAGACUAUGAGUUAAAAUUGGAACAGUAUACCCAUCUUCUUGAUGUUAGAGCUUCACGUAUCCGAAAAGUAGAAGCCCAACUAAGAGACAUUGUGUAUGAUACAAAACCACUUAAGUCCAGACAAGAGGUAUUGCCGAGUGAUCCAGUGGGUGGAUUUGUUGAAACUGUUCAUUUAGAAAGAGGAGAGAACCUUUUUGAAAUUCAUAUCAGCAAAGUGAUCUUCUCUUCUGAAGCUAUGCACACUUUUGGUGACUGGGAGCCUGCAACCUUUUGUACUUACGCAUUCUAUGACUUUGAACUUCAGAUAACCCCAGUAGUUCAUGGGAAGACUCCAUCAUAUGACUUCACUUCUCAGUUUCUUGUGCAGUCUGAUGAUAGCUUCUUUCACUAUGUACAGGAAAACAGCGUCACACUGGAGGUUCAUCGUGCAUACGGCAUAGAUUAUGAAACAAUUGCUUCUUGUCAGCUUAAGUUCCAUGAAAUCUUGGAAAACGAUGGCAAGAUCUACAACACAGCAAAUUUAGUUGGAAAAAAAGGACACAUUCAAGAUUAUGGUACCGUAGAAUACUGGAUCAGGUUACAAGUUCCUAUGAACCAAGCUAUUAUUCCCUACAAACAGAGGUCAAAGGAUCUGGGAUAUAUAACCCCCAGUUUUAGGGAACAUGAGCAACUCUCCAAGACUCCAGCACUCAAAAAGAAGCAGCGUGCAGCUCAAGCACACAAGAGAGUCUCCUUUCUGGAUCUUAGUGCAAUACAGAUGGCAGAUGCUAAACAGCUGUCAGGUGACAAAGUGAAGGAGAUAGCUGAAGAAAUUCAGCAGGAAAAAGAAGAGCUCUCUCAUCUGUCAGAGGAGCAGUUGGCUGACCAAACAUUGAUUACUUCUAGAGAUGAGACAGAAAUAAUUGAAGAAUUGGAACCAGAAGAUCAAGAAGAUCAUCAAGAGGAUGAUGCUGUUGAAUCAAUAAAAACUGAUAGUGAUGACUGUAUUAUUUCAAGUCCAGUAUCCACAGAUAUUAAGCAGCUGAGUCAGAGUAUACAUGGCAAUUAUUUGGGAGUUGAAAAAAUCCAGAUUAAAAUUACAUCACUUGGUCUUACUGAGUCACGAAUUACAGCAGAUGAAACAAUACAGCAGCUGUUUGUAGAAUGCAGAUUAAACAAUUUCCUUGCAGAGGAGACCCCACUGUCACUUCCAAAACCACCUGGUGGUAAGAGGAUUCACUAUAACUAUAGCACUGCGAUAAAUGUGGAUAAGGAAGAUAAUCAUGCAGAAAGGGAGUAUCUCAAGUCAAUUCUUCUAAAGCCAGAUCUACCUGCUGACAGCCUAAAAUUUACAGUGGUCAGCGAUCCUCCAGAAGAUGAGCAGGAUCUUGAAUGUGAGGAUAUUGGGUUUGCUUAUGUUAGUUUAAAAGAGAUAUUCCAGAAGCAAAGAGAUAUCAUUGAGCAAGAUAUUGAAGUUUUCGACUCACAAGAUCCCAGUGCAGUAAUUGGAAAGCUCACAGUGACAGUGGAAGCCCUCAGUGCACUGCGGUCAGUCCAUGAGGAAUGCAGAAAUGAUUAGGAGGCAGGAAAGGGACAUUUGCCUAUUGAAGUUCUUGCUCCCAGUGUAUAUACUUGAUGGUUCAUCAAAAAUCAGAUCUUUAUAAUUCUCACAGUAUACUUAAUGUAAAAUGUAUAUUAAAGAGAUGCUUGAUGUCCAGGUAUAAAGUUUUGCACACUUUUCA